CCAGUGCACCUUGAACUUGUCAGAGAAAAGCUCUCCUUCUCUUCUACUUUUUUUUUUCCCUCCACUGUAAAUAACAUUUAUUAGCGAUGUCUCAACUCCCACAUUUACUCCGUAAUGGACCUUCAGCCUUCCGGCGGCUGUCGCGCUGCGGAGGCGCAGACAAGUGCGUCAGUUUGUGUUUUGACGCUAACUUUUUACACUUUAGCUCUUCCGCCGCUGAGUCGUCGUCGAACACAGACCGUCGACACAGAACCAGCUCCAGGUGCUACACAAGUUCUGCCAGGUCCAAACCGGUCCGCAUCGGCUGUGCCUCCGGGUUCUGGGGGGACACGGCGACCUCAGUGCCUCAGCUGAUCUACAGUGGGAAGCUGGACUUCCUGGUGUUUGACUACCUCAGUGAGAUCACCAUGUCUCUGCUCACCGCCGCCAAAGCCAAGAUGCCUAAUCAGGGUUACACUCCAGACUUUGUCCAGGUCGCUCUGGCUCCGUUCAUUAACGACAUCCACAGGAAAGGUAUUCGUGUCGUCAGUAAUGCAGGAGGCGUGAACCCUCUGGCCUGCGCUGAGGCCAUACAGGAAGUCAUCAAGAAGGCCGGCGUUGACCUGAAGGUGGCGGUGGUGACCGGCGAUGACCUCAUGCCCCACAGAAACAGCCUCUCCGAAGUGAAGGUGGCGUCUGACGGAAGCAGACAUCAGUUACCUAAAACACUGCACAGUAUGAACGCUUACCUUGGGGCUGUUCCUAUCCAGCGUUGUCUCGACCUCGGGGCGGACAUCGUGGUGACAGGACGCUGUGUGGACAGCGCCGUGGCGUUGGGGCCGCUCAUGCACAGCUUCGGAUGGGAGAGGGAUGAUUAUGACCUACUUGCAGCUGGGAGUCUUGCAGGUCACCUGAUCGAGUGUGGAGCUCAGAGUACAGGUGGGAUCUUCACCGACUGGCACAGAGUUCCCGACUGGGACAACAUGGGUUUCCCGGUGGUGGAGUGUUCCAGCGACGGCGCCUUCGUUCUCUCCAAACCGCCCAAAACCGGCGGCCUCGUCUCCUUCGGCACGGUGGCUGAGCAGCUGGUGUACGAGAUCGGCGACCCGCGGCGAUACCUGCUGCCCGACGUCACCUGCGACUUCAGCCAGGUGGUCAUCAAGGAAAUACCAGGUGCAGAGGGCGGAGCUGUCAGAGUGACCGGGGCUAAAGGCUUCGCUCCGUCACAUGACUACAAGGUGUGUGCUACCUACCUGGACGGUUUCCGAGCAACGGCAGUGUGUCCUGUUGGAGGACCGAGGGCGGUGGAGAAGGCGAGACGGACGGCGGACAGCAUCAUCAAACGGACGAAGAGGAUGUUUAAGCAGCUGGGACUGGAGGAUUUCGGCUCCGUUAACGUCCAGGUCCUCGGAGCUGAGGACACUUAUGGUGCCAACGCUCGCACCAAGGGCUCCAGAGAGGCAGUGAUCUGGAUGGCCGUCCACCACAGACAGAAGAAAGCUCUGGAACUCUUCUCCAGGGAAAUAGCUCUGUCUCCUGGACUCACCGGCAUCGUGGGAGGACGUCCCAGAGUGUGA